UUUCAGGCUUUCCUCCUUGGCAUUUGUGGCCUUGUUUGUUUUUCCAUUCACCUCCACCAGCUAGCAUUAGGAAAUAAAAAGGGCCAUUGAGGGCACUAAUACUAAACUAAUCAUGGAGCAGUGCAGCCUAAAGUGACCACAGUUUCAAGCACCUUCCCCUCAUUCCAGCAAUCCUUUCCCUUCUCCCUCCCAAAAAAGUUUUAGAAAGGAAGGAAAUAGAUAUAUAUAUAGAUCAUGCCUUGUCCUCCAACGGAUGCAAAUGCAGCCAAGAAGAUGAGCAGAGGAGCUGGGAAGAAGCCAUCUCAGUCCUUCUGGAUGGCCAUGGGGUUCUACCCUUCUUCCACCUGCAAGAACAGAAGCCAGCCAGCAGCAGGUGAAGGCAAGAACAGCAGCAGCAGCAGCAAGAAGAAGAGGAGCAUCAGCAUCACCCGGAGCAUGACGUGCGCGGGAUCCAUCUGCAGCACCAAGGAGAGCUCGGUGAUGAGCCGGGGCGGCCGCAGCGCCUCGAGCAGGUCGCUCAAAGCUCCUGACGUCGAUGCCGUGUACGCCGCCGCCGCAGCCAUCUCUGCGACGUCGUCGUUCAACUCGGAGACCACGGCGGCGACCACGGUCACGUCGUCGUCCUCGCCGUUAUCGUCCGCACUCUCGUCGCCGCUGUCGUCGUUCGGGGGCUCCUUCAGGGGGGUGCAGAUCAGGAAGCUCUCCGGCUGCUACGAGUGCCACUCGGUCUUCGACCCCAGGAGCCUCGGCACCGCCGCCUUCCCCUGCGUCGACUGCGAUGAGGUGUUCGCGAAGGCCGAGUCCCUCGAGCAGCACAGAGCAACCAAGCAUGCAGUUUCAGAGCUGGGCCCGGAGGACACAAGCAGGAACAUCGUGGAGAUCAUCUUCCAGUCUAGCUGGCUGAGGAAGCAGGCUCCGGUGUGCAAGAUCGAACGGAUACUCAAGGUGCAGAGCAACGACAGGACCGUGACGAGGUUCGAGCAGUACAAGGAGAGCAUCAAGGAGAGGGCGAGCAAUGAAGAAGGCAAGAAGAACCCCAGGUGCGUCGCUGACGGCAACGAGCUCCUCAGGUUCCACUGCACCACGUUCACCUGCGCCCUCGGCCUCGCCGGAGGCACCGCCGCGUGCCAGGGCCCGUCGGCGCAGUGCAAGCUGUGCGGCAUCAUCAGGGACGGUUUCAGGGUCGAUGGCGAUGGGAAGAUUGCGACAAUGGCGACGAGCGGGCGGGCGCACGACAUGGCGCAGGUGUCGUCGGACGGCGAGAAGAGGGCAAUGCUGGUGUGCAGGGUGGUUGCCGGGAGGGUGAAGAGGGUCAGUGAUUCAAGAUCUUCAGAGGAGUGCGACUCUGAAUGUGACUCGGUCAGUUCCUGCUUAGAGGGGACCUACUCAGAUUUGGAUGAGCUGUUUGUGUUCAAUCCUAGAGCUAUAUUGCCCUGCUUUGUAGUCAUAUACAGUGGAUAUUAAAUCAUAACCACUAAUGUAACUUAAUUAGUUAAUUUUGCUAGUACUACUUUGCUCUAUUUCACUCUGCUGUUGCUUCUUCAAUCCUUUCCUGUUCAACAGUUCAUAGUGCAAAUUUUCUGGCUGUCAAUCCUUC